AUGGACGGUACGUUUGAGAAAGCAGACAAUUUUUCAACAACCAUGAACGGAAACGAACAAAAUCUACCGGAAGUUGAUGGUACUGACAAUAAAUCAAACGACAGUGAAAGAUGGAAGUGUGUAAAAUCCUGUUCCAGAUCCGUUCAUAAAUUCCGGACGGAUGUAAUUUACCAGGAUAAAGUUGUCUACUCUUCUUGUAUAUUUACAACAUUUUUUAUCAUAGGAUGGGGAAAGGGUCAGUUUGGCCCGGCAUACAUCGACUUACGCUUCAUAAGUAAUACCGACCUGGAGCAGGGCUCCUGGAUUCUAACGUCCUUUUUUGUUGGUUAUUCAAUUGGCUCUGUGCUUCAGGGAUUUCUACAUGACCGCGUUAACCGGAAGUUGAUGUACAGCGUAUGCUUGUUCAUAUGGUCGAUCGUCAUAGCUGGAAUUCCGUGGUGUUCACUAUUUGAAGCCAUGCUGAGUGGUUAUAUAAUGAUAGGAUCACUUCAGGGGAUCCUGGACACCGGUGGAAAUACAGAAAUUUUGCGGAUUUGGCAGAAGAAGGGACGUGAAGCAAUUCUCCGACUUAAUUUGGUAUUCGCCCUAGGGAGUGUUUUGGCCCCCCUCGUGGUAGCACCAUUCCUAAUGGACCAACCUCGGGAUGAGAAUAUACUAACCAGGACUACAAAUGGUUCGUACCUGACCGAGGUCAUACAGAACAUUUCUAACACAUCAAGGGACCAUCAGUUCUCAUAUGCAAUGAAAAUUGAAACUUACAGAAUAAAUAAUUCUCUUUCUACAUCUUCACGUAGAAUAAACAUGAACAUGUUAAAUCGUUCGUAUCUAACGAAAGGCAGAGUAAACAUGUCAGAUUUGAAUUUUCUAGAAAGUUUAUUUGAAUCUAAAUCAGGAAUAUAUGUUCCAUUUUCUAUAAGUGCAGGUCUUUCACUCAUAGCGUGUAUCAUGUUCCUGAUAUCGUACGUAUGUUAUUCAACGGAAAAGAUUCGCCCUGCCAAAAAAGCAUGCAAAACAAGGAAAGCUAGGAAACUACCAACUACUAUCAAAUAUACCACAAUAUCUGUGAUAGGCUUCCUGUUUUUCUGUUACUGUGGAAUCGAUGAAGCAUACACUGCCUUCCUAUCUACCUUUUGCGUGGAACAAUUUCAUUGGUCAAAACAACAAGGGGCGUUUUUGACAUCGUUAGUGUUCAUAUGCAUCCUUGUUGCUCGACUACUAACAGUUAUUUUUGAAAAGUGGAUAGAUACGUUGGUUAUUAUUGGAAUCAAUUUCAUAAUUAUGUUCAUUUCAAUUUUAGGACUUUUAAUUGUAUCCUUGUAUAAUUUUGAUACUGCCCUUUGGCUUUUUUCACCGUUGUAUGGGUUUGCAAAGUCUUGCCUCUUUGCUUUGUUGUUUAGUUGGUCCAAUGAAUAUAUCGCUCCAAUGACUGGCAAGAUAUCUGCUUUUUACUUCGUUGCAGCGACAUUGGGCUGUGCAUUAAAUCCGGUGCUUUUGGGUGUUUUGAUGGAGAAUGACGCAGUCUGGUACUGCUACCUUUUUCUAAUAGAGAUCAUUAUUGUCGUAGUAUUGUACCUACUAGGUUUGCUCAUAACAAAAUACAUCGUGCGUAACUAUGGCAAGACAUACGAUGCAGAACCCGAUAUUGUCAAAGUUGGCUACACUGAAGAUGAGGAUUUUCUUGAUGAAAAAGCCAAAGAGGAAUUUGAAAAUUCAAACUGA